CUCUCUCUCUUUCCAGCGUACACAGAGCCGCCCUAGCGGCGAGAGCGGAAGCUCGCUCGCGGUGAAUCGAGCAUCGGCGUACGGCUCUACACGCACGUAUAAAACAGCAUAGCCAACGAGCAAGACUCUCUCGCGUGCAGACUGCAGACACACGUUAGUUCGAGGGCCGGUCACGUGACCUGCGCCGCGACGAGCCGCGCAGCGCGAGCCCCCAGUUACACACGCACUCGCGCACCGACAAGAAGCGACUCGCCGCCGCGAGAGCAAGCGCACAAGGCAUAGCAAACAGCCGAGUGUACAUCCAAAAGGGAAGGAGUGGAAGAAAGAAGAACGAAGGAACGAAAGAUAAAGGAGAGGAGGCGCGCGCCGCGCCAGUUUGCGCCGCGCGAGGAAGGGAAAAAAGCCAAGCAGCCAAGUGAGCGAGUAAGAGAGAAAGAGACAGAGAGGAAAACUCUCCCUCCUGCGACCGCCUAUACUACUGUAACACCAUCAGUGCCUCGGCCAGUCCACCUAUAGUGUUGUACGUGCGUGAUACUGCUACUCUCGUUCUCUCUCUCUGUUCUGUGUGUUUAUCGCGCGCGCGGAACGACGGGUCGACACACGACGGACCCUCGGCUGCGACACUACUCCCGUCGUGUCUAUGUGCGGAAGCGAGGAAUUACACCGUACCAGCAACAGCAGCAGCAGCAGCAGCAGCAGCAAAGAUGAAUGCUGAAACUUCCAAGGAGAUCACGUAAAUUGCAAUUGUUUGCAAUGCCACCAGCUUGGAGCAUGGACAAUCCAGCUCCGUAGUGCUGCUGCCAUGUUGGUCACGCAGUCUCCCUGUUCUAUGGAUAAUCCAUCAAACAUGUUGUCGGUACUCGAGGAGGAAAGCAAUGUUGAUAUUGAUGAUGUCUUCCCACCACACGUUGACACCACAAACAUCAUCAUACAACCUGAGUCGCCGACCAGCAAGAAGCAAACCCUCAAGACCUUCAAGGAGAUUAAUGCACUCCUACAAGCAGACAAAUUACGCGAGGUGAAGCUCAUCCUGAGGGAGAAUGCCUGGCCGCUCAACAACGGCAUUAGAACUCAGCUAUGGCCGGCACUUAUCAGUCAACACUCCAAGGGCAACAACACCAUGGAUGGUUAUUACUGGGACAUGGUGAGCCAAAUUUUAGGAACUACAGAAUUACCAGAGCAAUCAAUUAUGUUGCCACCAUUUGUCGACAGUACUCACUGUUUAUCGUAUAACUUGACUCGCAAAGGUAGAAGUGUCGCCGACAGAAUCGUUUCAGUCUUAGGUUAUGCAUGUCCAGAUAUAACAUACAGUCCAUCGCUUUACCCAAUAACUGCUCUUCUUCUGCAUUUUAUGCCAGAGGAACAAUGCUAUCAUUGUGUGCAAAGCUUAGUAGCAUCAAAGAAAAAAAUGUUCAUCACACAAACAAAACUGCUUUAUGAAGUAACAUGGAAAACUGUUGAGCAAAUAACGAAAAAACAUGUAAAAUCUGCAGCAGUACAUUUAGCUAGACAUUGUUCAGUAUCAAGAGCAGAAAGAAUCUACAUGGACUGGAUCUGGUGGAUCCUGCAAUUACUCCCGUUUCAACAUCUAGUCAGAGUUAUGGACUGUUUUUUGCAUGAAGGCAUUAAAGUCUUCUAUAGGGUAGCUAUGGCUAUAAUCUUAUUAUUCUAUAAACAUUCAUCACCACAAACUUCGGAAUGGAUGGCUGAAAUUACCAAGAAUGGUAUUGAUGCAGCACUUUCAAAGUUUUGUAGACAAAUACCGGUGACUCCAGCAAAGUUUUUGCGUACUGCAUUUGGUAUUCGUGGAUUAAGUUCGGCUUACAUAUCAAGAGUAUUCAUUAGCAUCGAAAUGAAUUUAAAAAGCCGAAACGUGGUGUCGGGAUCCAAGUCGUUGGUAAAAUCAAGGUCGACCGAUACUUUACCAACAAGUCAGUCACAAAUGAACAUACAAAUGAUGUCUCACACCCUCACAAUAAGAGAGAAAGAAUGUGAAGACACGUACAAAGACAGGGGCGCGCACAGUCCUGGACCACGUGCUCUCUCGAUGGGCGUUUACCCCAUACAAAGCAUACGAUCUCAGAUCCUUGAUAUGCCCGAACUAUUCACGUUGUGGUCUUGGCUGCCAGUACGGAUCACAAUGUACCAGCCGAUUUUGCUCUACACCACCGAGGAGCACGGCUGCUCGCUGACUACUUUCUACGUGCGCGUAGAGAAGUACGAACCGACCCUCCUCAUGAUCAAAACCUGCAACAACGAGGUAUUUGGGGCAUAUUGUUCGACGAGAUGGUGCGAGAGGAAUUUGAAAGACGACAAGGGGCAGAGACAGGCGUAUUUCGGGACGGGAGAAACAUUCCUGUUUAGUUUGUAUCCAGAACGAGCCAAGUAUCCUUGGGUCGGCAUGGAUUCAUCCCACAACGAUUCCAGAGUCCAUCACUCGGCGGAGCUGUUCAUGGCCGCCGAUUCGAAAAUGAUAACCAUCGGUGGAGGAGAUGGCCAAGCAAUCUGGAUGGACGAGAACAUAAGGUUCGGAAAAACCGAUCGCUGCUCAACGUUUAACAAUCCGCCGCUCUGUGCCAGCGGGGAUUUCGAGAUUCGGGUCCUUGAAGUCUACGGUUUUCAUGGAGCUUAAACGAAACCAAGAGAAACGAAUCGACACCGGCGGUGGCAGCGCUAUGAAGUAUUCAAUUUUCUUACUGCCAUUUAGCGUCUCUCUCACACUGUAUAAUCACACCCUCUCCCUCAUCCUCGUUCUAUUUCUCCUAACUUCCUCUAUAUUGUUGACGACUCUUGUUUAUCAGUGUUGGAAUUUUCGCUGUUUGGAGGAGAGAGCCAGUUGACGCAAUAACGCUCUCCUCUGCUCGCUGCUUAGAGAUAAUAAUAUCGGUAUGCGUGACUGUCUUGUUAAUUAACACUCACACUCGUACACACACCCACACAUGUGUAAGCACGAUUAUAUCUAUAAUACACACGUUGAUAAAUGAAAGAAGGAAAACUUCACCCCACGACGAAGCUUUAAUCUAGUACGAACCGAUAUCGUCCUGCGAGAACUGGAUUUUCGUUCGCCUCUUCUUGACGAAGAUGUUAAGCGCUAUAUUAUAACCAUUGUUCAGAUUCAGAGUUCGUUGUUUAUCAAAUCGAAUCCUAUCAGAUGUUUAAGAUAGUUUCAUUUUGUGAAAGAAAGAAAAAAAUAUUUUCAUUUGUCUGUUUGCACUGCGAGGCCUAUAAUGACAAAGUAAUAAUGCGUUUAUAUAUAGUCUAUUUUCUAUAUAUAUAUAUAUAAUUGUUUUUUUCAUAGGCACAAUAUUAAAAAAAAACGGAAAUUAAAAAAUAAAAAAAAGAAAAGAAGACGAACGAUCGUUACUCUGUCUUUCGAGAUAAGCGCAGCGGCAGCCCUUAUAGUCCACACAUAGAUCUUUGACAAUAAUAAUUUUCGAACAACACGAACUAAUCAUUGAAACCACCAAGUUCGGUAACCCUUUUUCCGUAAUGAACGAUUUUCGAAAAAGAAAAUAUCAAUUAACUGAUUCAAUGCGACUAGUUAAGAUUCAUUGGACCAGAAGUUAACAUUAUCUACAUUAUACACACCUUGUACAUAUUUAUUUAAUUAUGCCUAUUUAUAAUUUUAAGAUUGCAUUCAUGUUUGUACAAAUGUGUUGUUUCAUAACAUUUAUUUAAUUUAGCAUUGUUAUAUCUUAGCUUUAAUCCGCUGUUAGACAAAAGAAAAAGUUUGUUUUUAUAUUGUGACACGCUCUAUCUCUGUAUAUAUUAUAAAUAUAUAUAAUUAAAGAACAAGUAGUUAGCGUAUCUAUCGGAUAAAUCGUGAUUAACAGCCGGUGCUGGCUCGUGAACCGUAGACAAAGACUAAUAGAAUGCGUCUUUUUGCAAGUAUCAUAACCUUCCAGGCUUUAUAUUGAUUCGCUGUUGAAAUACAAAUAUUUUUCGCUUACGUUUUAUUCUCGUUAUAACAUACUACUCAGAUUUUUGCAGAUGUGGCUGGCACCACGUAUUAAAAAUACUGUUUGAUCUUGUCGUUCUCACAUUUUCAAACAAGCAAGUAAGCGCGAAAAUUUAAGCGUAUGCGUGUGUUUUCUUCUUCCUGAUAGUGUACACACGCUAAAACACAGAUAUAUAUAUAUAUAUACUCUGGUAAAAAUAUUUCUCCGUACAAAGUAUUGAAGAAGAAAAAUAAAACAAACAAUUCGUCAUGACUUCAUACGUAGUAUUAUGACAGGAUAAAAGAAAUGACUGAAACUAUAAAUGACUAUGAUACUAAAAUAAUCGAUAGAUCACGUUUUGCUUUUGCUUAAAAAAAGCAAAAAAUGUAUAGAAGAAUUACAAAAUGAAUGGUAUUUUUUUUUUUUUUGAAAUAUUUUUACCAAAGCGCGCACGUGCGCACACCUACACUCACAAAGAUUAAUAUAAAAAAAGUUUUGAAAAUUGUGCGAUUGAGUAAAACCCUAGUAUGACUGUGUCUAUUUUGCGACGUGUAUGCGCAUUUGCAUUAUGUACGAAAUGCAUACUGUACAAGAUUAUAUACGCUAUUAGACUUUUAAUUUUACAUGUUAUGUAUUUAAGAAAGGUAAUCGCCUCGAAGCCCUGUGCGCCUGAACGUUAAAUAAAAAGGCACUUUGCUCUUGUAAGAUCAAACAAAAGAAGAGCAUAAUAUGUGCGUAUCGAUGCAUAUCAGAGUCACGUCGAAUGUGAAACGAAUUCUACUUUUUUUUCAUUCAUUUUUUCCAAAAAAAUGAGAUAGUUGUCUUUUUAACUCGUACUUUGUUAUGAAUUAGAAUACAAUCGCAGUAACAUAAUCGUUUAUGUAAACCACUGGGUAAACUAAUAUUCGUUACAUCAAAAUAGUUUACGUGUUAGGUAAGGCUAGUACACUUUCAUUACUCUAAAAAUCACUGAUUAUUUUACUUUACAUUGUGAAAUGAAUAAUUUUUUUUGUUUUCCUGUUAAAUCAUAAAAAUAUGAUAACGUUCCUUAAAAAUUAUAUCACUUCCAUACAUAUUUAGUUGAAAAAAAUUGGAACUGUAUUAUUAAAGAAAUCAAGCAUUAGAAAUUUUAGAGUAAUAGACUGUUUAUCAAUGCCUCCUCUCAAAUUUUAAUUAUUUGAUUUUUGAACAAAAAGAAAAAACCAAACACUGUUUUCAAUUGUUAUUUACGAACCAUGCGUCGUACAAUGUAUAAAUGUAUAGUUAAGGACUCCGCCAGGUCAUGAUUAUCGCAGGUGAAGCACUGUAGCACUGUUAACGAUCAACAAAUUUAGCUAAGUCUUUUGCUGUUGUAACGUUAUCAAUAAUUCAAAAUCUUUAUUUCUUCGUUGUACAGUCGUAGCAUUUAAUAAUUGUUUUUCUUUCGGAGCCAAGAACUGAUACCGUUUGCUAUUGGGGCAAAUUUUGUAAGUACUAAUUAAUUUAUAAAAGUGAUUUAUUAUCGCAUUUUCAAUUCCCCGAAGAAGAGAAAGUAUUACUUUUAUACUAAUUUUUACAGGGAUGUUACUAGCACUGUGUGUACAAUUAUUUACUAGUUUUUUAAAUAGAAUUUUUCGUACCGGACAAAGGUCAUUAAUAUAGUUUGAAUGCGUAUCGUAAAUUGUUUUUAUAAAAAAUUGAGUGCUAUUUACGAAAGAGUGCGGUAUCAGUCCCUGUAGUCGAGAGGCUCAAUCAUGCGUUUGACGCUAAUAAAUGUGCACACUGUAUAUGUUAAAAGCUUGUACAAUCGCCGUAUUUCCCUUUUCUAAUCAUAUUUUGUAAGCAAAAUAAAAAAAAACGAUUCGUGUAGAAUCAAGCAUCAAAGUGAGUUAAAUUAGUAGACGAAUCUUUGUAAACCUAGGGUAUAGCGCUCCUUUUGUAAGCGUUGAACGCGAGAAAAAAUCCCGAGUUAAAAAUGCGUAGCUAGUUGGAAGUUUUAGACAGAAACAUAAAAAAAGACUUUCAAUUGCGUUAAUAUAGUAUGAUAUUGAUUCGUAUUAUUUGCGAAAAGAAAGUAAACAAUUAUAUCUCUAUGUAUUUAUAAAUCGAAGCAAAAAACGAAAGAAAAGUAAGACCCACGGACGAUGCUUACGUGUGCGAUAACGCAUAAACUUUAAAAGAAAAACAGUAGCUAUGAAUUACAGACUUGCAUCGUCAAUUUUUUCGUAGAACGUCCAGUAAACAAUAAUUUACGUCGAACGAAUUGAAAGUGUAUAGCAUAAAUGUGAGGAGAAAUGUGUGCAGUUUGUCGAAGUUGCCAGUAGAAUAUUUUCGAUGGCCACACGAGAAGGAAAUGAUACGGUUGACCUUAAAAAUGCAUUGUAUGUGGCAAGCGUGAAUUUGCAAAUGAAAAUAUACAUUACUUUUGAUGGGUUUUAAGUACACAAAACGUAGCCUAAUUUGCGAGAAUUGAAAUGACGUACACAAAAAGGUAUUAUAUUAUACACGAAACAAAAAUAUAUAUAAAUAUAUAUUAUAAAUAUGAAAGGUAAAAAAUUAUAAGAUAAUGAAAUGGAAUGUUUUUAAAGCUUUCCGUGUGUAAAUUAAUGUUAUAUUAUCGCCAGUUGUACUGUUUCCUCGAUCAAAGUUGUUGCCUGAUUAUUAUUAAUUAUUAUUAUCAUUAUUAUUAUAUGAUAUACAUUAUCGUCAUAUCAUCGUCGUUGUCAUAGAUAUAGAUUAUUAAAUGAUUAAAUACAAUUCUUGUUAAAUCGA